GCGUCCGCCAUAUUGAAUGUGGCGUUCGAAUGUUCUUUUUUCAUAACUUCUGUGUUUCGUUCCACUUUUGUUUAUUAUUUUUUAUUUUAGCUCUUACUGUAGUAAACAAUGACCUCAUAACAUUCAUUUCCGGUAGUUUAGCAAUACUUCCUUAGAGAUUAUAGCAAAAAAAAAAAAAAGAAGUCAUUAUUUAGGUUCAAUAUAAAACUAAAGACCCUGAAUGCUAUUCGGACAAAAAGGCUAGAUUGACAAAGAAGAAACUAUUUAUUUAUUUACUUGUUUUAUUUUAUUUAUUUUUGCUUUUCUUUGAUACCAAGUUGCUUCUUUUAUCUUAAUGUGAGCAGACACGCAAACACUAGUCCUCUCACCUAAAAUAUAAAAUCAUCAAAUGUUAACUGUAUUCCGUCGUGCGAGUCACGAAACUUUUAGAAAUUACUCGGAAUUUGCAACAUCUUCUUUACUGCGGCGCCAUCGUGUGGCCAAAUUCACCCAAAAAACAACAAAACGACUCCUUUAUUCUGCCGCGUCAAAACUGCUUUCUGUCCCGUUUGUGCGCAUGUGACUGUCGAAUUUUGGGCAAAAUCUGACAUCGACGUGACUCGUCAGAGAACGUAACGCAACAGGUUUCUCUGUUCGGCCAGAGUUCCAGACAGAAGGAUUAAAGCCUUUGGAGAAGUUGGUCAAGAUUAGCAAUCUGCCUUUGUUAAAACAGUUGAAUACUUUUAGAGUACUGAUUAUUACUACUUUAUCUUCACAAGAAUAGAUUUUCUCUAUUCUUAUAAAUCACAAUGAGAAGAAGUCCUCGACUACAAUUAUCGGGUUACUACAACUCGGAGGGACUGCCCACCGUCUCCUACAGGGACUAUUCUUAUAAAGACUUCAGGGAGCAAAAGAGUCCUAGAUAUGCCAACUUCGGCACAUACUCGUUAGUAGACACCGUCCCUCGCAUAAACAUGGGCAUGGACAUGGAAAUGGACUCAGAUGCAGAAACCAUUCCAUACAUAGACAUAGACACGGACUCAGAUGCAGAAACCAUUCCAUAUAUAGACAUGGACUCUGAUGCAGAAACCAUCCCAUAUGUAGACUUGGACAUGGAUUCAGACAUGGAAUCCAUCCAUUACACAAGCUUCAACAUGACCACUGAAGCGCGGAUGACAGCAGAAGAAGAAUCCCACUUUGAAAACAGAAGGAGGACUGCCAUUAGCAGAUCAUUCCCCAAAAUUAAGCACGGGGAGAACAUUUUCGUUUUCUUCGUCACAUGCCUCCUGAUUUUUGUUCUGACUUACCUGAUUUAUGCCAUGAGCUUUCCACUUGAAGAGUUUCCUGCGUCCCCUUUUGCAGAGGACAUAGCCUUCAACACAUACUGCAAAGGGAAGAUAAUAGACCCAAUAGUGCUGAAGAAGACUCUGACGGGCUCAAUGAUUAUGAAUGACUACUGUUUCCCACCAUAAAUUAGCAUCAGCAUCACAGAAUGGGACACUGCGUUCAGAGAAUAUCACUGAAAUCGCACCUCAAUUUUCUUUGUUGUUUAUGAUUUCUCUCUAACUGUGUGUCUGUGUUUUAAGGUCCAAAUCAGAUCCACACACAGGACAGAGCUAUGGAUAGGUAAGUAUGGAGGUAAGUAUGCCUACACGAGUUCAAUCAAGUUGAAAACAUUCAUUCAAACUUCUUGUGUGAAGUCUGUAGUUUUAAAAAAUACCAUCAGAAUUGUUCGAUUUUCACUCUAAGAUGAAUUCUGGAGGGCAUAAAAGCGUAAAUCUUUACAACCUUAAAUAUUCAUUAAUAGUUCAAUUGGAAUAAGUUAGCAUCUUUAUUGUAGUGACAAAAAUGAAAUAAGUAUUUUUAGCGUUAAUUCGAGAAAGAAAGGGCUGCACAGUGGAACAGCGAGAAGAUCCAGGGUUUAAAUCCCAAUCUGAGGUCUCUGCAUGGAGUUUCAAUGUUCCCACUGUGCAUGCGUGGGUUCUCUCCAGGUGCUCUGGCUUCCUCCCACAAUGCAAAGACAUGACUGCUGGUUCAAUUGCUAACUCUAAAUUGCUCUCAGGUGUGAGUUGCUGUGAACUUACAUAGUUCACAGUCACACAAACUCAUGCUUCAGUUGAUCAGUUUUAUAUGACUAGUUUCACAUAAAACUAAUCACAGAAAUGGAUGUAAACUGUUACAACAGUUUGAUUGAUUCAAAUAACAGUUCAUCAGUGUAAAUCUUUACUUGACUGGUGGUAUUUUCAGUUUCGAGGUGUUCCACAACACGAGUGAGUAUGUUUUCAGUCAGACUCAGAUCCUCUGUAAGGAUCACAGGGCAUCGAAGAGUUUUUAUUGAGUUAUAGCUCAGCUUGGUGACUAGCAGCAGACCAGCCGACUGCAGAAUGCUUUGUCAUCCUCAAGGUCACUGAAUGGGUUUUCUCCAGGUGCUCUGGUUUCCCCCACCCCAAAAAAAAAAAAAAAAACCUGAAAGAAAUGAAAUUAGGAUUUUUGGAGAAAAAUCCCAAUUUCAAACCAAUUUAACACAGGUUUGCUAACUUGCACCUGUAAUUUCAGGACUAAUAGCUAAUGUACUCAGCUAGACUAAAUUGAGUGAAAAUGCAAAGGGAUACAGACAAACACAUUGUGUCCCUUUGCAAUUCAAUGUGUAUUAUACACACACAUUUUUAAGCCUUUAUUUCUGUACACUGUGAUGAUUUCCCACUUAAUUCUGGGAAAAAACAAAGCAUUAGAAUCACAUAAAUAUGUAUUUAUACAUAUGUGAUGCUCAUUUCACAGGUACAGUAUGUUCUCUCCUCGUGUGUGUUCAGUGACAUUAUGUCGACAUGAACUCUGUGUGUUCUCUUCUGAACUCCAGAAGCCCUGCCUUGCACCUCCACUCCCCAGCCGGUCGAGGCAGAUGGCCGCCCGUCCUGAGCCUGGUUCUGCUGGAGGUUUCUUCCUGUUAAAAGGGAGUUUUUCCUCCCCACUGUUGCCCAGUGCUUGCUCACGAUGGGGGAUUGUGUCACAAAAUGACUGCAAUCAGCUGGUUUCUUUAGAUAAAUAAAUUGAAUUGAAUUCGAA